AUGGCUUCGACUUCGGCUUCGACUGCGGCUGCGGUCCCCGACGGACCCGUUGUUCCUGCAGCCACCGACCUGCGCGAGUUGAUCGGCGGAAGCGAGCAAGAUCGCGCCCUUAAGAUUCUGCAGCAUGGCCACUACUCCGACCUCACCAUCACCUGUCAAGAUCAUGUCUUCAAGGUCCACAAAUACGUUCUCGUUACCAAGGGGGGCACUUUCUUUGAGACUGCCAUCUGCGCUGGCUGGAAUACUGAGAGUCAAGAAUCCAAGAUCGACCUUCCAGAAGAUGAUCCCGCAAUCGUUGCUCGAGUACUCCACUACAUCUAUACAGGCGACUGUGAGUCAUACGAUAAUGCAGUCGGCCAUCAGCUGCUAUUUCACCCUCUCGGUCAGCAGGCGGAUGGAGAAACCACAACUUCUUCUGAACCUUCCAGGGAGGCCUCUGAAGGGCCAGAUUUCAAAGAAGCACUCUUGCACGUCUACAUGUUUGCUGCUGGCGUCAAAUUUGGCAAUGCUGGCCUGAAGGAGCUCGCUCGCAAAGCGUUUUCCGAUGCAUUCCACGACAUAAGCUGCGAAUGUCUUGAUAACAUCGCUCAUAUCGAAACAGUCUUUGCUGCUGUCUACUCCACCACGCCAACAUACGAGCGGGAUCUUCAGCAGUCUGCGCAGAGGCUCGAUGCACCUGGACUCGCUGCAACUUCGAGCUUCCAGAUCGCAGACUUCCUACUCACCAUGGCAGACCCAACAACUCCUCAGCAGCCUUCCACCACAAAUGCACACAACCCCAUAUCUCCCAGUCAGCAGAAGCGACUCGCCGUCAGCGCCUCCAGCGACAAGCCACCAUCAACUACACAAUACAGUGCCUGGACGCACGCCUACCUCCAAUAUCUGUCGAUCCCUCCACAGAAGGCCACCACGAUCAACGAAAAGGCGAACAAACGGUCGACAACAACCGAUUGA